GGAAGGCGGGGGAGCCGCGCGCCCCCAGGUGGGCGUGCCUCCCAGGACGGGGCGGACACACCUGUUCCCAGCGCCGCCCCCCUCCAGCUCCGGAUCCCCUUGACCUCCAGCCUUAGCCUGGGCCCCAGGAGUCCGGGCAGCCCCACUCCCCUACCACCCACUCCCGGUCCUCCCCGCCCUGCACUGUUGUUCUGGUUGCCGGGGUGUCCUGUCCUGGUGACCGCUUGGCGAGGAUGAAAGUGACCGUCUGUUUCGGGAGGAUGGGGAUUGUGGUUCCCUGCAAGGAGGGGCAGCUCCGUGUCCGAGACCUCACCCAGCAGGCUCUCCAGCGCUACCUCAAAGCCAAGGAGAAGGAUCCUGGUGACUGGGUGAAAAUUCAUCACUUGGAGUACAUGGAUGGAGGAAUACUGGACCCAGAUGAUAUAUUGGCAGAUGUUGUUGAAGACAAAGAUAAGCUGAUUGCUGUGUUUGAUGAACAAGAAUUGGUUCCUAAGGUUGAGAGCCCCAGUGGAAACCUAACAGAGAGCCACAGUCCAGAUCCUUUUGAUGCAGAAGUGGCUACCCAGCUGGCUGCCUUUAAGCCCAUUGGCGGAGAAAUUGAAGUAACUACUUCUGCUCUGAAAUUAGGCACACCACUGUUAGUAAGGAGGAGCAGUGACCCAACGCUGGGCCCACCUGCUGACUCUCAUCCAGGUGCUUCACACCCCAGUGACCAGAAUCUGAAACCUGUUGUACCAGGUUCACCACAGAGUUUGGAAGAUGGGGAAGUCAUGUGUAGUGGACAGCCAGAACUGCUGACAUCACAAAAAGCUAAACACAUAUCCAGUGAUAUGACAAGAACAGUGGAGAUUUCUGGGGAAGGUGGCCCUCUGGGGAUACAUGUAGUGCCCUUCUUUUCAUCACUGAGUGGAAGGAUUCUAGGGCUCUUUAUCCGGGGUAUUGAGGAAAACAGCAGGUCUAAACGGGAUGGAUUAUUUCAUGAAAAUGAAUGCAUCAUAAAAAUCAACAAUGUGAAUCUCAUAGACAAAACCUUUGCUCAGGCUCAAGAUGUCUUCCGUCAGGCGAUGAAAUCCCAAAAUGUGCUCUUACAAGUGCUUCCACCAAACCACCGUGAGCAGUACGAAAAGUCUGUCAUUGCACCUCUUGGAAUAUUUGGUAACAGUGAUGUUGUUUUGAGAACAAAGGUAUCCCCUCCAAUCCAAGGAAAGCCAGCAUUGAAAACAACCAACCUGACAGGAGCAAGCAGUCUGGAGACAGACACACAGAUGUCUAGCCAACAAAACAGGAGCCCCAGAGUACCAAGACUAGGAAGAAAGCCAUCAUCACCAUCACUUUCUCCCCUAAUGGGGUUUGGAAGCAAGAAAAAUGCAAAGAAAAUUAAGAUUGACCUUAAAAAAGGUCCCGAAGGACUUGGCUUCACUGUGGUUACCAGGGAUUCCUCAAUACAUGGUCCUGGUCCGAUUUUUGUGAAAAAUAUUUUACCAAAAGGAGCAGCAGUGAAAGAUGGUCGCCUGCAAUCAGGGGACAGAAUUUUGGAGGUGAAUGGCAGAGACAUCACUGGUCGGACUCAGGAAGAACUCGUAGCCAUGCUGAGGAGCACUAAACAAGGAGAGACUGCAUCUCUUGUCAUUGCUCGUCAAGAAGAAAGCUUCCUUCCCCGAGAACUGAAAGGAGAGCCUGACCGCUGCUAUGUGCUGUCCCUGGAGACUCCUGAGCAGCUGACCUUUGAGAUCCCUCUCAAUGAUUCAGGGUCUGCUGGGCUCGGAGUGAGCUUAAAAGGGAACAAAUCCCGAGAGACAGGAGCUGACUUGGGGAUUUUUAUUAAGUCUAUAAUCCAUGGAGGUGCUGCUUUUAAGGAUGGGCGCUUGCGAAUGAAUGACCAGCUGAUUGCGGUGAAUGGUGAAUCUCUUUUGGGCAAGUCCAAUCAUGAAGCUAUGGAGACUCUUAGAAGAUCCAUGUCUAUGGAAGGGAACAUCCGAGGGAUGAUCCAACUAGUGAUUCUGAGACGGAUGGACAAACAGACAGAGGAGCGUACUGACUAUGGGCUCUUUCCCAAGCCCUCUCUUGAGAACUGUCAACAUUUUGUUACCACCUCCAGGCGCCAUGAACCCAGCCCACAUCCAUUCCUCACAUACAGCCCACAGGAAAGACAAAAAGAACUGCUCCUCGCCGAUACCCAGUGGACUGAGAGUGACAUCCCACCGCCUCUGCCGCCACAUCCCAGUCUGGAAUUGGAUCUUGAAGAUUAUAACCACAGCUCAGUAGAGGAUUCAGCAGUAUAUUGUGCUGGUCAGCAAAUCAACUUCAGAUCCCUGACACCAGCCAAACAGCCUGAAUCAAUUCAUCUGAAAGCCUCAAAGAGCAUGGACCUUGUGCCAGAUGAAAGUAAAGUUCAUUCAUUGGCUGGACACAAAUUGGAACCUACUGGCAAAGAUUUUGGCCCUACUCUGGGUUUGAAAAAGUCCAGUUCCCUGGAGAGUUUGCAAACAGCAGUAGCUGAAGUCAGGAAAAAUGACCUUCCUUUCCAUAGACCUCGUCCUCAUAUGGUGCGUGGGAGAGGGUGUAAUGAGAGCUUUCGAGCAGCUAUUGACAAAUCUUAUGAUGGACCUGAAGACUUAGAGGAGGACGGUCUGUCUGAUAAGAGCUCUCGCUCUGGUCAAGGAGCUCUGAAUUGUGAAUCUAACCCUCAGGGGAACACUGUACCAGAGGAUAUAGAAAAUAAGGCCAAGAAGAACAAAAAAAGUAAAGACAAGGAAAAGAAAAAGGAAAAGGGCAAAUUGAAAGUCAAGGAGAAAAAACGAAAAGAAGAGAAUGAAGAUCCUGAGAAAAAAGUCAAGAAGAAAGGGUUUGGUGCCAUGUUGAGAUUUGGGAAGAAAAAAGAGGAUAAAGGUGGAAAAAAUGAACAGAAGGGAAAUCUAAAGCAAGGCACACUCCAAGAAGAAGAGCUAGAAAAAAUGAAGGAAGAACGUGAAAGAAUUGGAGCAAAGCACCAGGAGCUACGAGAAAAACAGGCAAGAGGGCUUCUUGAUUAUUCCACUGGCCUCAUAGGACCCCUUCAUGAUAUGGAUGAUGAUGAAAUGGAUCCCAAUUAUGCCCGCGUGAAUCAUUUCCAGGAUACUUACGUACCAGCUGGUGUCUACAGGUCGUCACCACCACCAAACUUUGGGGCACUGGGCUACCCACGGGAUGUCCCCCCACUAUCUCCAGACAAGGAUCACUUGGAGGGGCUUUAUGCAAAGAUCAACAAGCCUUACCAUCCUCAGACUCUUGCUGACAGUGGCCGCCCCACAAGUGGAUGUGCUGACCGAAUCCAGAAGCUACGGAAGGAAUAUCACCAGGCCAGACGAGAAGGCUUUUCUUUAUAUGAAGAUGAGGAAGUGAGAGCAAGGCCUUCUGAUUAUGAGCAACAUUGGGUGUCUGGAAAAAGUCCAGAUGGGAGUUCACACAACCUCCGCUUUGAGGGGAUGGAAAGACAAUGUGCAUCCUUACCCAGGCGAGGACCUACAGAACCAGCAGAUUACCUAACAGGACCUCGGUUGAUAUACAAGGAAAGGGAACUUCCUUAUUACCCAGGAAUACAGCCCAUUCAUCCUCCUAAAGGAAGCUACCCCCGUGCCCAGGAUGUGAGGGUGACAGACCUUCGCUAUCCUCAGUACUACCCACCCCCUCCAGCCAUGCACCACAAAGGACCUUUCCGACAAGACGUCCCACCUUCACCGCCUCAACACCACAGAGUGCCAACAUAUCACGAAAUAGGCAAAACAGGACAGCGGGCAGCCAGCCCAGAACAGUACCCAUAUAGAGCCCAGGACCCCCGGCAGAAGAACCCCAUGACUGCCGCCGUAUAGUGGGACACAGGUGGAAAAAAGACGUCUACAAUUGCCUUGUUCUUUUUUCCUCUCGGUCCCCCAAAGUCUUCUUGGCUAUAAAAUUAUCUGUGAACUGGAACCGUUCUUUCUGCUGCAGGUACAGAUUAGGUUCUUCUCACUGAGGAAAUCACUUAAGGCCAAUCAGAGGGGAAAAAGGAAGGUACAAUAUGUCUGAUCAGGCCAUGAAAACAGUGGUACUGUACAUUAAAAUGCUUUUAAACCAGUUAAACUCAGAGCAGAAGUGGUAGCUGAAAAGUAAAUAACAUCGUUAGAUACACUAAGUGGAAUGUCCCAGAGCUAGAUAACAUGCACCACUGGACCUUUCCACACAUAUGAGCCCACGUGCACGUGCGCGCACGCACACACACACACACACACACACACACACACACACACACACAGCAGCUCCUCUGUUAAAGAUUACCGCUGGUGUUAAGACAGUCUCUGCUAUAGAUCCUUAUCCAUUUGGGAGCCGAAGCAACAGCAGGGUUUUUACAAUCAGAAAGCCAGUACCUAUGGCCAUGGUGUAUACAAGACUACAAAUCUGGUGCGCCUGGAGUGGGGUUAUUAUUUUAGCAACAGAAGGAAACAGAAGUGGCUCCUCAGAAGUUUUCUGUCAGAGAAAGACAGUAUUUCUUUAUCUCUAGUAUCUGUCAGGGCCCUGGUACCACUGGUUUGAUUGAAUGUUUCACAGACUAUACCUGCCAACUAGGAAAAGUGCUUGGUAAGCCUGAACUGGCUAUAGGAAUGGGGGGCCUCAGUUAUAUUUUCCAUUUUCCCGAUUAAAAACAGGGUGAGGUAGAAAUUCCACAUCAGGCCUCAGGAGGAAUCCUGAAAAUCAGUGAGAGCUGCUGAGAGGCUGGUAUUUCAAGGACCGAUCAAUCAUGAGGAAAGGAGCGGGCUCUUGUCACAUGCAGCCUAAAGCUAUAUUCCACAAGGGCAUACUUAUUCUCUCCUUAGAUGGAGGAGCCUGAGAGCCAGCAGGAGGGCCAAAGUUGACCUGGUCCUUCCUCCUUCCUUUCCUCCUUUUCCUGGCCACAAUAUCAGAGAGGCCCCAGAUCUCAGAAGCAGUCCCGGGUUUCCAACCUGUAAUUAUUUAGCUGCUGUGUCUAUUUUAAGGCUCAGACUUCUCUAGAUAAUCCUCAUUUGGGAAGGAAGAGAACCUUCUUGUUGGGCCUCCCUGGAUUCAGUGCCCUGGAGGUGCCAAUUCAGUAAUAAGUGCCAAACAAUCCCCAUUUGCACUACAGGGAGCUAAAUGCCAACCACAGCUGGGAGGAGACUUGUUGGGUCUUUAAAACAAAAUGGCCCAGGGAGUGGUGGACAAACAGUAUGUGUUCAUUAAGGCUGCACUCUGAUGUCGAUUUGGUUUUGUUUUGAAUUUGUGUGUGUGUGUGUUAAGCAAAAGAAGGGGUAGGAUGUAGGAAAACACAGUUCUGAAAAACUAACUUUUAAAGGCAAACAUAAAGUUAACAUAGGAGGUUUUCUUUUUGAAAAGAAAACAAGAAAGGAGAAGAUAGCGGGGAGGGAUGAAGAGGCCACAAACUGGGGUAAUCUUUAUCUCUGUCUUCUUAGUAACAGCGGACAAGGCAGUUGGGAGGACCCUAGUAGAGGGAGGGUGUGACAGGACCAGAGAUUUCUUUCUAUUCCUCAGUUUCCCUAAGAAUAAACAUGAUGUUCCUCAUUCUCUGGGAGGUCAAUAGAAAUCCCAUACUGUUAGAGCUGAAGGGAGGGCAUCCAAUCUAUUUGAAAAAUGAAAAAUCUGAGACUCAGAAAGGAAAAAGUGGCUGUGGUCACACAGGUCAGAGAUGACAGUCAGGAUUCGAACACACAUCUUCUGUCACCAAAUCCAGGACUGUGUACUGUACAGCUGAGACUAGGGCUCCAGCAUCUCACAACCUAGCUCAUUUGACUGCAAAGUAUAAUGGCAGAGAAGGGAUCUUAAGAUUUUAAAAAUAAAUUUAAAAAAAAUCUUCCAAGGGCUUUAAGACGGAUAAAUCGAUUGCAGUUCCUUUGAACUCUAUGACCAUUUUCCACUUAUGAAUGGACAAUUCAAAGAUUGUAACUAGACCUAAAAUGAGAAAGCAAACAAAGAACUGUUUGAGGAACAUUCAAAACCUGGAGGCAGAACAGUUUGUCUAGAUCUGGGCCUCUUCAAAAGAAAUGCUAUAAGACUCUUCAGAGUGCUUGCUUAUUCUUUAAAAAAAGAAAAACGGGUCUAGAGGUCACCUUCGACCAUUGACCUUGUUACAAUGGGGAGGUGGGGUUAAGUGGAUUUAUUAAUUACUGUGCUACUAAACACCAAGGGUCCCUCUAUCCCAGAUUAAUAUUUCCUCACUCUCAUGUAUCUGCGAUGUCAUCGAUAUAGGUGUUUACUCAGUCCAUGCAGAUCACAAUCCAUCCUCAUCUUCUGGUUCAUGCUCCCCUAAUUAUCUUCCACAGGGCAUCAACCUACAUAAUGGAGGCCUUCCCCUUGGUCUUUUUAUAUUUCAUAGGUAUCACUUGAGCAGUCUGUAAUCUGUUGAUCUCUUGCCUAGCCCACCACCUUUUCCAAUUAUAUGUUUCCAUGAUAAUAACAUUUAUAACAAAUAAAAUAAAACUGAGUUCCGUCUCUACAAAGUGAUAACUGAGAAAAAGCUAUGCUGAAUGGCAGAAGGAACACUAAAGUAGGAAUUAGAAGCACGUGGAUCUUCUAAUGGCUACGUGACCUUAAGCAAGUCACUUAACCAUGGGAUUCUAGGACCAUUGGUCUAGAACCAGAAGGAACUUAGUUCAGGGCCAUCUAGUCCAAUGACCUCAUUUUACAAAUGGAGAAAGAAGCUUAAAAAGAGACUUCAAUUUCCUCAUCUGUAAAGGAGGUAAUCAGUUGGACUUGAUGAUGUCUGAGGUCCAUCCCUCCUUCCACCCCCCCCCCCAAGUUUAGGUUCUAAACAGAUUUAUAGAGGAAGUGGAGUUUGGUGGGAUAUCUCUCUCAAAUAUUCUUAACUACAAUUUCCUGUUGGAGACAUACCAGGAUGUUGCCUUUUCUAUCUCUCAGCGUCAUGAGCCAUCCUGGAACUGUGGAGGAUCAGAACCUCAUUUGAAUUCCUGUUAACAGUACUCAGUGGGAGCUGGGUAAAAAGAUCUAACGUGGUUUUUUUUGCCACAUUCCAGUACAGGAGCACCUGAUUUUAUUAAAAGUCCCAGGUUUUCCCACCUGGGAAUUAAUUAUUUGGUUCUUGCUUGUGCUUGUGACUUCACUGGGGAUCCACUUGGGUCUUUAAGGCAGUCCUACCUUGGAGGUGCUGAUUGAAUACUUGUUGUAGAAUGCAGAUACACCAGGUUGAUGGGUGGGCAGGUAGGGAGUGUGCUGAAAGGGAUGAUGAGGUCUUACCCUCAGGCUUAAUAAAUGUUGCAAAUGAAAAAGACAAAGUAAGGGGAAAUGUCCUUUGUAAUGGGUCAUUAGAAAUGAGCUCUUUGGUUUUUUCCUUCUCUGCCCCGCCCCAUUUCUAGCUUAGCUCUUAUGGGCUGGAAGCCAGAAACUUCAGCUUAUUGGUAAAGGAUGUGACCACAAAGGGGAACAUCUGGAUAGAGGGAAGUACCAUGAGGUUAAAUAGUCUAUGGUGGGCAAGAGGAGGGACCUUAAUAGAAAGAAAGCCCUCAUUUUCACGUUCCCACAUGGAAACCCAGCACGUACUCCACCUACUGCACACAGACUGGGUCUGAGCUUCUCUGGAGAAGGCUUUUUGUACUGUGUACACAGUCAAUAAAAAUGUGGUAACCUCAGGGAAGCAGCCAGUGCCGAGAAGGUCCACUUAAAGUGAGUGAAAAAUAAAUUAAGAUAGUUCCCUUUGCUCCUUUGAAAUAUAACCCACAUCCCAUUGGCCCGGCUGGAAAGGAACUAAUAUUGUAUGUUUGUGACAGUGCCUUUAUCAAGCCAGGCAACAAUUAGAAACAGCUCAGAACUCAAGGGAGGGCUUAAUAAAUCACUACACAAUAUAUCCCUUCUCAGGGCACCACAGCACCAUUUACAGACCUCAUCUACAGUAUUUAGGAAAAACACAGCAUAAUCAGCAUGGGGUGAAAAACAAACUUCCACUUUAUUUAUGGCCUUUGGAAAACUCACUCAGUAGUCUUCACAUAGCUCAGAACUCCAAUAACCCCCCUGGAAUGCCAUGGCUGGUGCCACUUAGGAAAGACCCAUCAAACAAACCCCUUCCUUGCUGUUAAUCUGACCCAAUAGGUCACUUAGGACUCAAAAUGAUGUUUUUGCCUUAAGUCAGUAGACAUUUUUACAGACCCCUAUUUCCCUCCUGUGUUUGAAGGAAUAGGUAAAAAGGGUAAUAUCUGGGAAUAGAUCAUCAGAAAUUAUAGUGGUAGAAAAAUUCUACCCUCCAUUAGCAGCAAAAGAAGGAAAUAUCUCAUCAGUGCCUUGGACCUUUGGGCUGCUAGACUAUUGCUCUUGGAAUAAGGUGGGCAAGGGGGCAAGUUGUGCCUUUCCACAGCACAAAAUCCAAGGGUUGAAGAUAGGUCAUGGUGGUUAUGUAAAAAAAUUCAGGAAAUGGGAGCCAGGCUUAUUAUUAGAAAACAUAGAACUUCAGAUGAGUCAUCUGAUAACAGAUUGUUUUUUACCCCUUUAUUCAUUUUUAUUGGGUAUUUACAGAUGCCCAGAGAGUUAAGUGACCUGCCUAGCAUCACAUAGCUAGUAAGUAUUUUCCGAUAUGGGUUUUCCUAACUCUAAAUCUAGUUUCCUAUUUACUUCCUACCACUACUGAGAGGGAACAUGGUAUGUUGGAUACAGAGGGCUGGGUAAGGAAUAAGGAAGAUUUGGAUUCGAAUUUAGGGUCUCACACAUAUACUGACUUUAACAAACCAUGGGCAAACUGUCAAACCUCCAGCUACUUCAGGCCACUCUCUGAGCCUACAAAGCAGAGACGUGUAAUCAGUCUGCAUCAGGUAAAAGAAGGUUUCUACACCAGGAGUUCCGCAUGGUGAUGGACUCACGAGUCUGGACCAAUAUGGAAAGCCAGCAUCCUUUCCUCUUCCCAUGCAAGCUGAUCUGAAUUCUGAAGGAUUUAGAAGGAACGAAAAAUAUCCCUGAUAGAUAUGGGCUACCUAUGGGCCUGAAAAACAUCACAUAAUUUGAAACAUUGAGAUUCUAAAUACAGCUCUUUUGAAAGUGGAGGUCUCUCUACUGGAGAGACUUCUCUCCUGCUUUCUGAGUCCAUGAGUCAUGCUGUGGCCAUAUUUGGUGCCAUUAUGUCAGGAAGAGCCGUUAAUAGGAAUAACCAAAGAUGCUAUUUCUCAGCACUCCUCAUCCAUGUCAGCCUGGGAAGAAAUGAUAGCCCAGUGAUGGUGGAGAAAGGAGUAGUCACUGGAAGAGAUCCCUGCAGAGUGAGCUUUGUGAUCAGAGAAACCUUGGGCAGACUAAAAUUGGUCCCACAUCAUAUAUGCAGCCAGGUCUCUUAAAGAGACCAUUUUUCUCACCCACAUCCCUAAGUCAUAAUAGCAUCCCUCAAGGGCUGAUUUUUCAAAGGUGGACUAGAGAGUCCUGAUGUUGAGGGAGUUAAUGGCCCCUGAUUACACUUCUAGCCUGUAUCCCUGAUUGCAGUGAUUUGAGAAAGUAUUCUCACUCAGUCUGCACUAACUGGAGUGCCGUUUACUAUCAGGAUGUAAAAACAAAACCUGUUGUUUAUAAACUACUUUUUCUAGUACUUCCUGUGAUUUUAUGAUACCAAAUCUGUUCAAAAGUUCUAAAGAAAAAUUAUGUGAAAUCAUAUUUUGGAAUAUGGGGGAUGAAAGGGGUGGCGUCUUUGCUAAAUUUGAAAGAUUGUUCCUUUUUGUACCACAGAAAGCAUUUGGAAUUUUUGUUCCAUAUGACUAUAUAAAUUGUACUUGGUUUUAUUUUGCAUUAAAAUAAAGCUUUUCAGAGUUCAAACAGUA